CUUGCUGCAGCCAUGGUCAACCCCACCGUGUUCUUUGACAUCAAGGCCAAUGGUGAGCCCUUGGGCCGCAUCUCCUUCGAGUUAUUUGCAGACAAAGUUCCAAAGACAGCAGAAAACUUCCACGCCCUGAGCACUGGAGAGAAAGGAUUUGGAUAUAAGGGUUCCUUCUUUCACAGGAUUAUUCCAGGAUUCAUGUGCCAGGGUGAUGGUGACUUCACAUGCCAUAAUGGCACUGACGGCAGAUCCAUCUACGGAGAGAAAUUUGAGGAUGAGAACUUCGUCCUGAAGCAUACAGGUCCUGGCAUCUUGUCCAUGGCAAAUGCUGGACCAAACACAAAUGGUUUCCAGCUUUUCAUCUGCACCGCCAACACUGAGUGGCUGGAUGGCAAACAUGUGGUCUUCAGGAAGGUGAAAGAAGGCAUGGACAUUGUGGAAGCCAUGGAGCGUUUUGGGUCCAGGAAUGGUAAGACCAGCAAGAAGAUCACCAUUUCUGACUGCAGACAACUCUAA